CUGCUAUUAGACACGGAAGCCCGUUAAGCGAAAGCUUCUUCUAUUCCUUCCACAAACAUUUGAACCAUUUGAAUGUGAGUGCGGUACAUUUUCCGUUAACGCUACUGUUCCCCCAGGUUGUCCAUCGACUAAAAAAUGACCACAGCCGGGAGACCAACAUGGGAUACUGCUAAAGGUAGUAGAGGAAAGUGGGAAGGUGAUUUAAGUGCUUUGUCUAAGCAGUACUCUGUUCGUGACUUACCGGCACAUACGAAAUUGAAAUUGCGUCAAGAAGGACAAGGAAGACCUGAAGAUAUUCAAGGAAAAGAUUUUAAACGUGCUUUGGAAGAAAAAGAGAAACGAUUAGCUCAAGAAAAGUCGGGGAGGCCCUCAAUAAAUUCCACUAGUCAACAACCAGCAAUUACCAGUGCCAAACGACCAAGUUCUGCUGCUGUCGCGCCAACUAUUGAUAGUAGUACUAUAGGUAGUAUAAAACGUACACGACCUGAAACAACCACUGCUGUGUCAACAACUAAUUUAGACGCUGAUGAUCCGUGGGAUGAGGAUUAUGAUGAAGAUCAAGAAGAUGUAAUUAUCACUAAAAAGUCGAAUCAUAAUAAAAGUAAGAAUUCAACUGGAGAUAAAUUUGAUGAUAAUAAUCAAAACGAUGAUGAUGACGAUGAAGAUGCUGACAAUGAUGACGUCGACGACGAUGAUGAAGAAGAUGAAGAAAUGCUCUUAGCCGAAUUGGCUAGAAUUAAACGUGAACGAGCUGAAGAAGCAGCCCGUUUGGCUGCUGAAAGGAAAGCAGCUGAAGAAACUAUUCGUAUGGAAAAUAUCUUGAAAGGAAAUCCUCUUUUAAAUUCAUCUGAUUCUUCAGAAUUUAAAGUCAAAAGAAGAUGGGAUGAUGAUGUUGUAUUUAAAAAUUGUGCUCGAGGUGAAGUCGAUCAUGUAAAACGUGGAUUCGUAAAUGAUACACUACGAUCUGAAUUUCAUAAAAAAUUUAUGAAAAAAUAUAUCCAAUAAUGCACAUGUACAUUGUCUUCCCUCAAUAAUACUUUAUUUCCUGUAAAUAAAUAAUUGCUUUAAACAAUCUUAUGUUAACUUAUUUGUAUCCAAGAGUGUCUCGAUAUGUAGUGUAUUAAAACUUUAUAAUAAAAAUUGCUUCCAAAAACAUGAAUAAAUUUCAAUCUAGAAACAUCACAUUAAUAUACUUUAUACUUACUAGUCGUAAAUAGUUCAGUUUAUUAGAUUUUUUGGAUCGGAAUUUAUCAUGAAGCAAACAAAAUCAAGCAGCAGAACUGCGUCACCUAGUGUAAUUUAUGAAUUUACAACAUCAAACUUAACGAAUUUUAUGCUUGAAUCUCCAGGUCUCAUAAUAAAUAAAAGCUCCGUUUAUAUGCUAUGAUUAAAUGUUGAUUCCUGUGGUAACUUUAGGAACAGUUCGUGUUAGGUUACCAAAAUCUCAAUGUAUAUAUUACAGUCUAUUCUUUCUAUGGAAGCAGUUAGGUUUACAAACGCAUUAUUGUAUUCCUCACGGUACCGUUAGCCAGUUGAUAAAAGAAUAAAAUGGGAGGAGUUCCAUUCAAUGGAAAAACCAAGUGAUGCUAUGUUUCUAACCAAAGCG